AUGCGACGUUGGUGCCAAUAUUUGCUUCUCAUAUUAACAACUUCUACGUUUUUAAUAGGAAUUUCAGGAUUUAUUCUAUCACCUGUAAGUCCUAGUGCAAAUGUUUUCGUAAAUUGCGGUGAAAUUGAUGGCGUUUGGUCACAAACAGACGCUGGCUUUUCUUUCCGAGGAAUUCCAUACGCCAGUCCACCAGUUGGAAAAUUAAGAUGGCGGCCCCCGGAAGCAGUGAGAAAGGAGAACAAUAAUUGCUGGAAUGGAACAUUGAAAGCUCAUAACUUUCAAAGCCCAUGCGUUCAGAGAGAUCCAGCGAAUAAUUCGAAGAUAAUUGGAAAUGAAGAUUGUCUUUAUCUAAACGUCUUAACGCCGACAUUAAAUUCGUCUGCUAAACUUCCGGUAAUGUUUUGGAUUCAUGGCGGAUAUCUCUUGUACGGAAACGGGAACCAGUACGAUAUUGGCUACGCUCCGACAUUAGCUUUAGCCAAACAACUUGACGUUGUAUUUGUCAGUAUAAAUUACAGACUAAAUGCAUUUGGAUUUAUGGCUUUAGAAUGGCUUAAAAAUGGUUCACCAACGAAUACUUCCGGUAACUAUGGUUUCAUGGAUAUGAUUGAAGGACUUCGUUGGGUUCAGGAAAAUAUUCAAAACUUUGGUGGCGAUCCGAAUCAGGUUACGGCAUUUGGGCAAAGUUCUGGUGGAACAGCACUGAUAGCUCUUUUGUCCUCGCCGCUAUGCAAAGGCCUUUUUGACAAGGUGUGGAUGAUAAGCGCUUCGCCGGUCAUGAAUAAAACAGCCUCAGAUGCAUUCAAAGAUAAUGAAAUCUUUAUAAAGAACACUGGUUGCCGUGACGUAUCUUGUUUGUAUAAGCUCUCACCUAAUGACGUUAUAACUAACGUGCCGUGGGACGUUUAUCCGUACUGGGCAAUGGAAGAUCUUCUUGGACUUCCUGAGCUUGGUAAAUUUGAUGGUGCAUUGGCUGUAGUUGACGGAUAUGUGCUACUUGAGACACCGUUCGAAACUUGGUCACGUGGUAAUGGAGUUGAUGUCCCAGUUAUGAUAGGCACUACAGCACAAGAAGUCGACGUGGCUCCGUUUCCAAGCGAGAUUCUUAAUUGGACAUGGCAAACUAAUGACUAUGAAGACCAUGUGACAAAGAAACUAGGGACAUUCAAUAAUAUGAUUGGGAGAACUGCGUUGAGUUUAUACCCAGCAAAUGUAUCCACGCCAGAGUUCCAGUUCACUACAAUGGUAACAGAUGUACGGACCGGUUGUGGCACAGACUAUUUGGCAACCGUCCUGGCUUCCGGGAAUAAGUUACCAGUAUAUCGUUACAUUGCUACAUAUUACACAAAGGGUCAAUCAGCAAAACCAUUUGCUUCGAAAUAUCCGGUAAAUUAUGCAUACCAUGGCAUUGAUUUGUUUGGCUUUUUCCAAACUAUGAAUGUUGUUCUUGGAACUGCUCCUGGGUCGCUUGAUACUAGAUGGGAAAAUCGUGUGCAGAGCGAAAUAAUGGCGUUUGUCAGAACAGGAUCGCCUGCUACAGGUGAUUGGGUACAAUAUCCUGACGUCACAGCUGAACUAAACACGGAGACAAAAACGUUCCGCAGUUACCAUGCAGCACAGUGUGAGUUUUGGUUACAAAAUGGAUUCUUCUCCUACUCUUGGAUAAACUGAUUAUUUAUAUUAUUUUUAUGACAGUCUUCGAAUAAAUGUGAGACGUCAAUAUAAAAGCAUAGAAAAUUUCCUCAUUAUUGAAGUACUGUAAGCGUUUUUAAUAUCAUGAAUGUGAAUUGUAUUACUCGUAAUAUUGGAUACCAUAUAAACUCUUCUACCAUGUUUAUGUUAAUGCUUCAAAGCCAAGAGUUACAAAAAAUAGAGUCAAUAUGUUACCUAUCCAAUGAAAUAAACGACACAAGGCCAAUACGGACAUUAAACAUUGCAAUACAAUCUCUAUUUCAAUGUAAACAUAUGUUACGUUAUAUACUAAAAGUAAAUAUAAUAUGAACACAUAGCAUAAUUAAACAAACUGGCAGUUUUUUAAGAUUAGCCAAUUCAAUUGGACAAGUUAUAAGGACUGCAGCUUCCCAAACAUAGUUUACUUCAAAUACAUAUACUCAUUAGGAGUUUCCUAGAUUUCAAUUUUUUCUGCAAUAAAAGUCUGAACGAGACAAAAAUAGUCACAAGUGUUAAACAAUCAAUAAUUGAACACACAACAUUCAAAGAGUAUGACACGUGGGUAACAGGGCUCUGCCAAAGUUAUGCAUGUAUUUGUUGUUUUAAAUAGUACUUUCUUUCUACUUGUUUUGUCCCUCUAAAUAUAAAAGUUGCCUCUAGUUUAAAAAUACAAUACAGCAUGUACUGUGGAGUUGCUGCAGCAAUAGAAAUCCAACAGUAAAACUAUUCAAUAUCGAACACCGCAUCCCAUUCUUAAAUGUACAUUAUGUAACAUACUGUAAAGAAAACGUACUUAAACAUUUUAACACUCUGGGGAAAAUGAUUUAAAUUAUCUUAAAGCGGAUAAUUAUUCAAUUUUCGUUUUCCACUUUCGGUAGAUAACAGUGUGCUACAAAAUAUAUGUACUCAUUUAAUGAACGCAGAAAGAAGUUUUCGGAUAACUGAUUUAAAGAACAGUGCUAUAAAUUGUUUUGAACUUCGAUUUUCUUUUCAUAAAUAAAAUAAUAAACAGAAAAUUGAUUGCUGAUUCUUUUCUAAACUGAUUUAUUAGUAUUACUGCUAUUUGCCGUUAGCAAUUUCUUUAAAGUAAAAACGAAAAAUUAUGUAAAAGGCUCUUAUAUUUACUUCCUUCUACAAUUUUUUGGUUGGGUUUUAUAUCGCAGCUACACAGUAUAUGUCAUAUUGAGACUUUGCAGCUUUACUGGUGGAGGAAGACAUUAGGUACCCGUCCGUGAAUUAUUUCAAACACGAACGCGCAUCUAAGUAGAGCUAGCUGGAUGGCUUCAUCAUAUGUAGGAAUCUAAAGUCCCUGACGGGAUUCGAAUCAACAACGGUGAGGAUCAUUUGGGCCUACUUUUAACUUAUUAAAUGAAAUAAAUAGUCAUUGCUGAUGUACCACACAUUGUACCAGGUACUGAUUUUACUUUGUUUGUUUCGUAUAGUUUUUAUUACUUACCCUGUUAUAUUAUUAACUGAAAUAAAUUAUAAAUAUUUUUUGAAAUAAGUUUCAUAUUUGUUGAACAUGUUUUCUAUUAAUAACAAGAUACUUUUAAGUUGCUUCUUUGUUAUCCAAAACAUCACACGAUGAUUACGCUAAGUUAAUAACAAUUUUAUACAGAGCGAUAU